GGAAUUGGCUUCCCUCCCACCUUUUUGAACUGGGUCAUGGAGUGUGUUACCACUGCAUCUUUCUCACUUUCUAUUAAUGGAGGCUUGCAUGGCUUCAUUAAAUGCAAAAGAGGUAUUAGACAGGGUGACCCCAUGGCCCCAACUCUGUUUCUUUUCUGCAUGGAAUACCUCUUAAGGCUGAUCAGGAGAUUGCUCUAUGGGAGCAGAUUCACUUUCCAUAACAGGUGCUCCAAACUGGGUAUUACUCAUGUUACCUUUGCUGAUGAUGUGAUGAUGUUUUGCAGGGGAAAUGUGGAUUCUGUCAAUGUUUUGGCAAAAGCUAUUAAUAUUUUCUCCCAAGUAUCUGGCUUGCAUGUGAACCCUCUCAAAUCCAAUAUCUUUCUGGCUGGAGAGAUCAAAGACAGGACAGAGGAUAUCCUAGCUUUGGUGCCUUUCCCUCAGGGUAAAUUGCCUGUUAGAUACCUGGGACUCCCUCUUACCUCACAGAGAGCUUCUGAAAGAGACUUUGCCCCACUUGUGAAUAAGGUGGAUGAACAUAUCAGAAAAUGGAAUGCCAAAACCCUGUCAGCUGCUGGAAGAUUGGAACUCAUCAGAUCUGUCAUCCAAGGAA